GGCAACCACUCUGAUAUCUCUCUCAAAACCCUCCAAUUCGGGACCACAACACAGACUGGGGCCAUCGUAGGCCUUUUCGGCAUCUCCGGCGCGCAGUUGGCGCAUUAAAACAAAGAAAAGAAGAUUGCGAAAAAGACGUUUCCCCCCAUUCGCAGCAUGAAUGGGCUCAGCUGCUCGAACGCUUCCUGGUCGCUGCUUAGGGCUGCGGCGAGGGGCAUUUCGAGGCAGGCUGGAACGUGCUCGACCUCGACCUCGAUAGCGAAGAAUGGCGCGGCUACGACAGUUUCACGAUGGAUGUCAUGCUGCGCUUUACAGACUCCCGAGAGAGGGGUGUUGAGGCGGACCGAAUGGGCGGGAUUGAAGGCGUGCAGGAAGCUUGAUGGUGGUCGCCGGACGUUCUUUGGGCCAAAGAUCAUCCGGGAUUAUGAGGAGCUUCCCAAGGGCUAUAGGGACCAAGCUGGGCUUGCCUUUAGCGGAAGGGAUCUGUCAGCGGCGGAGGUCGACAAGAUAUUCGGUACGGGUAUCGGCGGUAAACGGGCGAAUCACUUGCUACGAAUCUUACACGGUAGAAGAGUGUCGGGAACGCUGGAAGACCCUGCCUUUGCGAUACAUACGGCGCAGUUUACGGAAGAGGAGAUUGCCAGGGCCUUGGCGUACCUGCGGAAAACGGUGCCGGUGGAGGAGAUUAGGAAUGCCGGCUUGAGAGCAGAGGACGAGCUGGAACAGAUGGAGCAGGAAAUGGAGCGGGCAGCCGAGAAGAAGGCAAAAGCCAACAAGGGGGAGGUCAAAGAGGAGGAGGAGGAGGAAAGCGCGGCUGAAGUCUACACGCCUGAUCCCAUCUACGGCCGGAGCAAGAUCGACGAGAUGCGAGCUCGGAACAAGGCCAGAGAGAAGGCCAGGGAAAAGGCUCUCGAAGAAGAGCGCAAGGCAAAAGAAGCUGUCGAAGGCGUUUCUGGUCCAUUGGCGAAGCGAGAUAACCAGGUCCGGGAGAUUACGAACCCUAAAGUGGCGGAAUACUACAAGGCUGCGCAGUCGGACAUGGAAGCACCACCGGAACUGAAGCCUUGGGAACGGAUUCUGCCCUCUGCGACUGUUGUGGCUCUGGUACUUGGAUUCUUCGCUGCGGUGGCCAUGGUCUAUGAGGAGCCCGCGCCGCGGUACAGACUGUUCCAGGAGGUAUCGACUGCGCACGCAACGGUGGGAGCUCUGAUUGCUAUCAACGCCCUGGUAUACUUGGGUUGGAGGGUUCCGCCCUUGUGGCGUCUCUUCAACAAGUACAUGAUCUUUGUUGUGGCGACGGUUCGGCCCGUCACGCUGUUCACUGCGGCGUUUUCGCACACAAAGCUCAGUCACUUGUUGGUCAACAUGGUUCCCCUGUGGUUCGUCGGAACGUGCCUCCACGACGAAAUUGGCCGCGCGGAUUUCCUCGCGCUGUACCUCGGCUGCGGCUCUGUCGGUUUCCUGGGCAGUCUGAUCACGUAUACGCUCAGGGGCUGGUUGACGGUCACGUCGCUGGGCGCCUCGGGAGCGACGCUGGGAUUGUGCUCGGCGUACUUUUGGGAGCAUCGCACGGAUGGAUUUAAGAUCUUUGGGCUGCCGCAAGACGGUGUCCAUGGCAUUGUGUUUUUGGCGUUGAUCACGGCGGUGCAAUUGGCUGGUUUGGGGAAGACGGUGAAGCUAAAGGUGGACAUUGCGUCGCACAUUGCUGGUAUUGUGGCUGGUAUAUUGGGAAUUGAGCUCUUGAAUAGGACGGAGAGGAGAAAAGCGCCUGUUGAGGGAGAUAAGACGGUGAUUGAUAUCUUGUCUGGAGAGACGAAGACGCAUGGGGUGGCUGGUGAGACGAAAUAGAGGCAUGGCUUUUGAUGCUAUAUAGAACUGCAUGUACUUAUGUAACAACACUACUUACUUUAUGACAUGAUCUGAGAAUUUCUGGAGGAAGUUGUAUGGGAG